GCGGCCUGGUGCGCACGUCUUGACAAGUGACGUUAACUUCACGUCGCACGACUCGCACGCUGGGCUCGGUAUAUGAUUCGACAGGGCGCGUAUUGCGAUUGGGGGCGUUUUAUUGCACAAAUACGAAUGCGUUUAGAGUGUGUGUGCUCCUUACGAGGCCGCAUUUCGUGUUGAAUGGAGUGCGGGAUACAAUUUCGCGCGAUUUUACCAUAAUUGUCCCGAGAUCGACCAGUCGAUAAGCCGACAACACCACACGACAUCGACACCAUCAGAAAUGCGCGAUGCGUGUCCCGGCGACGCGAGUACAAUCUCCGAAAGUCUCGUGAAGGAUGUCCGGAUGUCAUCAAUAAUAAUACGCAACAGAAUAGACGGGACGCGUUAACGAGAAGUAUAGAAAAGUUGGGGAUAGGAAGGUAUGGAGGGUGUCAACGGUCAGCUGCAAACAAAGUAUCAGAAAAUCGCCGCGGAAUACUCAAAAAUUCGUGCGCAAGCAAAUGUUCUGAAAAAGGCUGUGAUAGAGGAACAAGCACGUAAUACGGAUAUUCGGAAUCAUUUAAAAGAGAGGGAAGUGGAACUUCGUAGAGCUGACCAGGAAAUAGACAGUUUGACGUUUCGUAAUCAACAAUUGACAAAGCGUAUAACUGUACUGCAGGAGGAACUUGAUAAGGCACAAAAUAAGUCUAAAAAGAGUAAAAGCAAAGUGCCAGAGAACAAUAGCCACAUUUCUCCAACGCCGCCAAAUAAUAUCUUAGACGAAGAAUUUCAGAAAAAGAUAGUGGAGAAUGCUCAAUUAUUGUCACAGAUUAGUGAUAAAGAUAGCGAAAUUGAAAGUUUGUAUGAAAGGAUACAACAAUUAGAAUAUAAAGUCGAUUAUAGUGAAAAAUCUAAAAUAGAAUCGGAAUGCCAGUAUCAAAGUACUAUAGAUAAGUUAGAAAGAGAGAGAAAUGACUUGCAGAGGAAGUUAAAUGACAGACAGAAACAAGAGGAAACUGUAUCGUGGUCCAGUAAUGAAGGUAGACGCGAUGGUUAUGAUUUUGAUGCAAAAGGAAUACUCUCGAAUCAUCGUCAAACAGAACCAUCGCCAUUCUCUUCACCAUCUGCUUCGCGUAGAUCAUCAAAAUCACUUGGGGAAGGAAAGCCGCAAAAACCACAAGAAGAAAGUAAUGAAUUUUUGUAUACAAAAUCAUGUGACUUAGAGAAAGAAAUUAAUCACUGGAAAACUCAAUAUCAUAUACUCAAGAUAAAACAUGAUGAAUUAGAACAAAAGAAAGUUGAAACAAUUUCCCAAAUUGAUAAUGAUAUAUUGAAACCUGUGGAAAUAAAUAAUAUGAUUGGCAAGUUGAGUGCACCUUUUGCAUUACCAGAAGAAAUUGAAGCUCGUGAAUUAAAGAUUAGGAAUUAUUUUCUAGAAGAAAUUGAAAGAUUAACAAAUGAAAAACACAUUUGUCACAUAAAAAAUUUAGCUAUGGCUGCUAAUAACGAAGUUAUGCAAGUGCAAUUAGAGACAAGUGAAUCAAAGAGAGAGAAGUGCGAAACAGCGCUAUUAGAGACACUUUCCAAUUAUAAUAGUUUACAAAAGGAAAAAGAAAUGCAAGAAGGAAAUUACAAGAUACAACUCAAUACCAUGAGCGAACAUCUUGCCAACAUGAACGAAAAACUUAUCUGCCAAACAGAGGAGAUACAGCAAUUGAAAUUUGAACUAGCUAAUAAGAAUAGUAAGAAAGGGAAACAAAAGUGAUCUACAUCAGAAUUGCAAAAAAACAAUCAUUGACAUUCCAUCAAUACAGUAUGAUUUAAUCGAUCAUUGAUAAAUAAUUUAUCAUGUAUAUAUAUAUACAGCUCGUAUCUACUAAAGCAGAGAUUUAUGAAUUUUUGUCCAUACUUCGAAUCUUCAGCUCGCGCGAUAUAGAGCUCUCUAACUCAAUGUUAUACUUUAUUUAUGAAAUAAAAAUAAAAACUUAUUGACAAUGUUUUUUUUAUAAAUGCUUAUGUUAUAAGUCUAAUUUUUCUUCUAUAUUAUAUAUGUCCAACGAUUCUCAUUUGUUCAUACUUAUUUACAGUAACAAUUUGAUAUAGGAUAAUUUGUACAAUUUAAAUUCUUUAAUAAUGAUAAGCUCUAUAUAUAUAU